ACGAAACCCGCGGCCAACAAAAAUCCGAAUCGUCCAAGCCAUGGACCCGGAAAAACCCGAAGAGACGGUGGUGUGGCUACCGCACCCGGAUGGCUGGAAGCUGUUGUGCCUCCGCAUGGACCCCACAGCAACGCUGCUCCAAAGCGCUGCAAACAUCCUAGAUGAUGUCCUCUCACGUGCGAUGGGGGAGAUCAGCCGGGUGCAGGACAUGCGGGAGGAAGAGGUGACGGAAUGGGUGGUGAACCAGCUGCGCAUGAACGGGCUGUGGCCGGAACACACCUACGCCUUGAAGCUGUCGGUGGGCCACGGGCAGCGGGAGAUCAGCGCCUGCGGCUGCGGCAGCAACCAGAAGCACCGGAAGCGCGUGGCGCACCUGGCCCUGGCGCUGCGGAUCAUGGUGGAGUGCGCCCACCGGCAGCGGGGGGAUCUGCUGCAGACGCUGUGGGACGGUCAUCCAGGGCUUCAAACCGUGGCCUCGGCCGCCUUCCGCAUGCAGAGCGUCACCCUGACGCGGGGCCGCCUCGGCGACGGCGCCGCCGGCGCCGCCGCUGCGCCCGGCGCCUCAGCGAGCGCGGCGGAGCGCUACGCGGCGGUGACGCAGUACGCGUCGAUGUCGCCGGCGGAGCAGCUGCAGGCGAAGGCACGGGCGCUGGGUGCUGAAGAGGUGUGCGUGCUGGACCCCUUCUUGACAGUGCAGGGAGACAGCGUGAAGUGUAUGGCCUGUAACAAGCACAUGACCUCCAGUCACCUCGCCACCAAGAGGC